GCUGUCAAUAUACUUCGGUCUCAUCGAACUUCGAUGAUCGAAGUGCAAAGUGUUGUUGUUGGUUUUAUAUUUUCCUUUCGCAACCAAGAGCGGAGUUUUUUUUUGCUGCCUGCUUCUGGGGCUAUGAAGUUGUGUAGUGAAGUGAGCCAGUUCGGACCAAAUUAAUACAUUUUUAUGCUGCUCGCGUGCAUGUAUACAUACAGUGAGUGAAAUAGUAGUGCGGCUAGCUGUUGGGUUGGGACCUGAUGGCUGCUUUUGUGUGCUGCUGGCUGCAGUAGUUUCCUUCCUUUGGUCGUCGCGGCCGCGUUUUGUUUCGGUGAAGAAAAAGUUACAGCGAAAUUCGGUGGCGUGAAAACAGACUGCUGCUGCUUCUGGUGGCGGAGUGGUUUUCACGAGCGGUUCUUCGCAUGACCUCCGUCGUAAUUGAACAAGCCAACUAAAGUGCGAUACAAAAGAAGAAAAUUACCGCCAGUGAAGAGAGAAGACUAAAACUGAAGAACCUGUCCAAAGAACCAGUGAAUCAUCAUCGAGUGAAACUAAAAGACGAAGAAAAACAAAACAGUGCACAAUCUAGUUCGGACCUGUCCUGGCCUCCCGUGUCCUGGGGGAGGAAGUAGCAGUUCAGGAUCACCGUAACCGGGGUGCAAUGGGUUACGAUCUGACGCGCUUCCAGGGCGACGUGGACGAGGAGCUGAUCUGUCCCAUUUGCUCCGGGGUGCUCGAAGAGCCACUGCAGGCAGUGGCAUGCGAGCACGCAUUCUGCCGGGCAUGCAUCACGGAGUGGCUUUCGCGCCAGCCGACCUGUCCGGUAGAUCGGAAUCCCAUCACCAACAGUAAUCUCCGCGCCGUGCCAAGAAUCCUACGGAAUUUGCUCUCCCGGCUGAACAUCAGCUGCGAGAAUGCCAUCUACGGGUGUACGCUGGUCCUGAAGUUGGACACACUGGCCACCCAUAUCGAGGAGUGCGAGCACAACCCGAAGCGUCCGCUUCCGUGCGAGAAGGGCUGCGGGUUUGUGAUUCCCAAGGACGAGUACAAGGACCACAACUGCUUCCGAGAGUUGCGAUCGCUGGUGCACAACCAGCAGCAGAAGAUGAGCGAGCUGAAGAACGAGAUCAACGAUCAGAACCUGGUGAUAAACGAGCUGAAGCGAGAACUGAAUCUGGUGAAGGAUUUUAUGAGGGCGAUGCGCGUGUCGAAUCCCGCGAUGCGGGCCAUCGCCGAUCAGAUGGAGCGGGACGAAGUGACGAGGUGGUGCAAUGGACUGGCGCGAGCGCGGGUCACCCGAUGGGGUGGGAUGAUUUCCACCCCGGAUGAGGCUCUGCAGUUGAUGAUUAAGCGGGCUCUCUCGGAAUCGGGCUGCCCGCCGCAUAUACUCGACGACCUGAUGGAGAAUUGUCACGAGCGGCGGUGGCCCCGAGGGCUCAGCUCGCUAGAGACCCGCCAAAACAACCGACGGAUAUACGAAAACUACGUCUGUCGACGGAUUCCCGGAAAACAAGCCGUUCUCGUGCUGCACUGCGACAACACGCACAUGUCCGAGGACGUGAUGGUGGAGCCUGGCCUGGUCAUGAUAUUUGCUCACGGGAUAGAGUAAGACAAUCCGCGGACGGCAAUCAGCGAAGCGAGCUUGCCUGUGAUGCUGCUCAGUGAACGAGAAGAAAUGGAAAUGCUACACUUCUUGGAAACGUUGAGAUUCGAAUCUUUAUACACUACUUGAAACACCGGACCCCAGAAAUAGAACUAGAUUAUUAACUGACUUAACAUCACUUGCCACCACCGGUUUUUUGAAGAUGGAAAAAACACAGACCAACUUCUCAUUAUUUUUUCUUCAACCGUAAUUUGUAUAUGCGUAAAAAGUUUUGACUGCUUCGGUGCCAUUUUGUUUGCAAGGACAGCACAAUUUUAGCUUAACGACAAGGAAAGAGCACAAUCGCAAUGCGGGGGUUGGAAAGACUCCUCAUAGGAAUAUUCCGAAGUGUCAAAACCUCUUGCCAACAUAUAACCCAGUUUAAUAGUUUCAAUGCAACGCUUUUUCUUUUCAAUCAAUUGCAUCCCUCCAAACCUCAACCUUGAAUCAUAUCAGUGUGUGUAGAACAAGAAGUUGGAGCGAACGGAAUAUGAUCUCUGGAUUUGGAAUCCCCCUUGAAUCAGAUUUAGAACAAACAAAAAAUCAACUUGUUGCGAAGUAGAAAGAACGUGAGAGAGAGUAAGGAUGUUUGAAAGGGCCAACACCUGGACGAGAGUGGGUUGAAUGUUGUAGCAAUUUGCGCGCUUGUUUGAAGUCUUAGUUUUUGCGUUCGUUUUACGAAUCAAAAUUCGAUUGUUUGAUAGGAAAGUAACAAUAGCAAGCAAGUCAAACCGGUUAGGAAUUGCCAAAACUAUUUUUUUUUUCUGCGCUAGUGAUUAUGAUUGCCCAAAAUGCUAUGAUUUUUUUGAGUUUAGGUUUAGAUUAGGUUCUAGUUUUGACUUUUGUACUAGCAGAGAGAACGGAUAUUAGAUAGGAUGCGAAGCAGGAAUUUCUCAGUUGCUUUGGAAAAGAGGCCGAGGAACGAGUUGCAUUGAUUUUUUUUUUCUAGCCUGAUAAGUUUAAUUCUAAUGCUUAUAGUGUAUUCUGAAGAAAGAAUAAAGACCACUGUCGAUGGAAAAAAA